ACACACACACACACACACACACACACACACACACUCACGCAAACACACACACACACACACACACACACACACACACACACACACACACACGAGCAGAGCACCUCUCUGAGCUGAGAUGAUGCCCGUGUGAUGUGAUGUGAUGCCCACAUGAUGCCUGCAUGAGGAUUUCAUCUGGAGCUCCACGUUGUUCCAUGAAUCUUCCUCGACUCGAAGCUGGAACACACUGUGCCACUAUGCCUUACAUUCGGUCACUCUUUUGAGCUCAGCCACUUCCACUGACGGCUCAUCAGCCUCGGAUUAAAUGUUCAGCAGGUUGAAGGAGUUCUGGAGAAGCUCCACGUUCUGCUGGAGCGAAUCAGGAGCUCUUAGUGACUUGUACGAUGGCAAGCGUGCUUGGUCUGGGACUGCAGUGGGAUUCUCAGGAUUUUAGCAAGGCUUCGUCUCAGUUCGCACGGCUGCGCAGGAUUUACCUGAGCAGGUGUGAAGCUCAGCCUGCAGGGACUCGGCUGCUCUGAAGUGCAGUUGGCAUGCCCCUGACCAUGAUGAGCUCCAGAGAGGAAGAAGCAUUGAGGUUUUUGCAGUACAUCGAGGACAGUGGCCUGAGGGUGUACGGCGGCGUAGCGACGCGCGACCUGGUGUGGAAUGAGAAAAGCCGGAGCGUUCCGGAGAAAAACGACAAGAAAAGAAAGCAGGACGAGGUGGUUAAAAGGACCAGUGAGGAGGUGGCAGUUGAGGGUAAACACCUGCGUAUGGGAUCUGCAACCAUGUCGGAGCAGCAGCAGUUUUCCGUUCGCUCGCAGUCCCUUAACUCUGUAGGAGGCGCAGAGGAGGACGAGGGCAGCCCCAACUCCCGCAAGCAGCCUCCGCCUAAACCGCGCCGCGACCCCAACACCAAACUCAGUGCCUCGUCCGAGGCCAUGGACCACAGCGCCACCACCUGCAAGGGAGGACACGCCCACAAGUGGGAUGUGACUCAGGGCUGCAGUGAAGAGUGUAGACGAGUUCCACCGCCCAAGCCGAAGAGGAAUCCCAACACACAGCUGAGCACUUCAUUUGACGAAUCCUACAUCUUGAACUCGAAAGACUCACCCCCAAUGGCGCCUUCUCCUAUCUCUCCUGUUUCUCCUCCACAACCUCAGAGCCCUCAGCAAGACUCUGAGUCUGAGGAACCUGUUUAUAUUGAGAUGUCAGGGAACGCAGUGCGAGAUCCAGGCUCUCGCCCCGAGCCUGAGGAGCCAGGCGAGGCCGUGUAUGAGGAGAUGAAGUACCCCACGUUUGAUGACUUUGAUUCACGCUGGGAUUUUUUUGGGUACCGCUCUCAGUGCAUCACACCAUGUCCGUCUGAUAUGGACAUCCAUGCUGCCAUGAACUACAACUCCACACCUCGGAGCGCAUCCCAUUGCGACAUCCCUGCCCCUUUCCCCAACCUGCUAUCGCACCGUCCACCUUUGUUGGUCUUCCCGCCGGUGCCUGCACAGUGUUCCCCCAAUUCGGAUGAAUCCCCACUCACACCGGUGGACGUAAAUAAGCUGGCCAUGUUAGAGAAUGCUGCCUACUCCAAGUCUCCCUCGUCCUCAUCCUCAUCAAUGGAGCCCCUCAGUUCUGCCUCUUCCUCUCAACUCAGACGUGCUGAGAGGGAACUUACGGCGACGCCCACUAUCACAGUCUCAGGUCGCUCUUCGGCACCGCCGCUGCCAUGCUCUCUCUACAGGGGAUCCUCAAGCUCUGCAGGGGCUCAGCGCAGCCACUCGGCAUGCCCAUCUCCUGUCAGCAUGGGCCGUUGUCUCACACCGCUCAGCCUCAUGAGAGCGCCACCUUUUGAAGGCGGAGCUGCCUUGCCUCGGCACCACAGUUCGGCGCAAAACGUAGCAGCAGGACGCUCACGGACACCCACCAGUCCUUUGGAUGAGCUCACUAACCUGUUCACCAGUGGCAGGAAUAUGCUGAAGAAGAACUCUAGUGGCCGGAAGAGUAAAGAGCCUGCUGAGAGUGAAGCCAAAGGAAAGGGUCAUGGAUCUGAAUCUAAGCGGGAGCACAAGGAGAGGGGCCACCUCAACAAGGAGUCCAAAAGGGACAAGGAGCGCAGUGGGAAAUCCUCGCAUCGGCGUGAGAGCAAAGAUCGAGAGCCUAGUGGCAUUGAGGCCUUACAAAGACGUGACAGUAAGGAAAGAACCGGCAGCAAUGCAGAGCCUUUUGUGAGACAUGAUAGCAAGGACAAGGGCACCAAUGUGGAGCUGGUACCAAGACGCAACAGCAAGGAUAGGGGAACCAACAUGGAGCCUGUACCAAGGCGCAACAGCAAGGACAGGGGAACCAACAUGGAACCGGUACCAAGGCGCAACAGCAAGGAAAAGAGCAGCAAUGCUGAGCCAGGAACAAGGCGAAACAGCAAGGACAAGGGCAGCAAUGUGGAACCAGUAGCGAGGCGAAACAGCAAGGACAAGGUCUGUAGUGGUCCAGAGCUACUGCCCAAACAGGGCAGCAAAGAUAGAGGGUGCAGCACCAGUGAGCCCAUAGUGAGGCAUGACAGCAAAGACUGGAUCAGUAACAAUAUUGAACCCUUACCUAGACGUGACAGCAGGGAUAGGAUCUGCAAUGGCUCAGAGCUCAUGCUUCGGCAAGACAGCAGAGACUUUUUGAGGAACGGUUUGGAGCGAUAUGAUAGCAGAGACCGAAGCGCUUAUGGGCCAGACUUGUUACCUAGGCACAGUAGUAAGGAUCAGGGAAAAACCGGCCUGGAGAGUCGAAGAAACAGCAAAGAAGGAAGAAAGAACAGUGUGGAUUUUCUUCAGGGUAACAGCAACAUGGUGGACUCUGUGUGGGACUGUAAGGAACGGCUGAGUAAUGGGGUAGAGGUUGUAAAUAGGAGAGACUACAAAGAUAAAGGAAUUCCCUUAACAGAAGCCCAUCACAAAAGUAAGGACAAGAGCAGCUUCAGUACAGAGUCUCCCAAAGCACAUGAUUGGGAUACAAGGUCUGGACCUCCAUCUAUUAUGUCCAGCCGGAGUAGACGAUCACCUGUUAGUCCUACAACACUUAUGGGGAAUUCUGAAUUCAAGAUGGUCCCGAAGGUAGCUCAGUUCCUGUCCACACCACUUGCACCAUCUCUAUUAGACACACCUCAGAGACGACCUUCAGAGACCCAAGAGAUGCCGCCCUUCCCUUGGCUAUGUGGUGACAGCACCAUGAUGGAGACCAUUCAGAGGAAACAGCGGUUGUGCUAUGAGAUCCGUUCUCGUCCACGGCCCCCUGAACGGAGUCAGACGGAAAACACGCCUAGCUGCAAGAAAGCCAAUGGGCAAAAGAAAUACGGCCCACCCCCAUAUCCUACUCAGACUACUCUCUUUUGGGACACCGCAAUCUGAUUGGUCACUUAGCACUUCAGGAUUUCGCUUUGCUCCUCCCACUGGCACCAGAUUGAGGGGAGCAGCCAGUCAUCCCCAGCACUGUUUUCGCUAAAAGACAGGCAGUGGGAUUAACCUAGCAAUAUUUCUGAGCGUGCCGAUCGUCAGGUUUUUGUAUUAACCUUUAUCUAAUAUUUUUGUAUUGUGAUUUCCUUGUAAAUGGAAACUAGCAUUAACAGAUAUUUUCUAAACAAAAUGGAAUAUCUUUGCAAAGAAUAUGUAGAGUUAGCACAAGACAGUUUGUUCUUUUGUACUUUUCGCAUUGUUUUUUUUUUGUUUUUUUUAACACUACAAUGCAAACUAUGAAAUGAAACCAUUAACUUUCGCAGGCCUUUAUCCUAUCAGACAUCUCAAAAUUCCUAUGGUAUGUUAAAAAUAAAGCGUAUUUUCACAGUGGAUGUGAAAUUAGACUAGGGCUAUCUUGCUUUUUUCGCUGCCUUGCCACACCAUGAAUUUGACAGUAAUGUGCAAUUAACUGGUAUCGAUUUUAUUUAAGAUUUUUUUUUUCUUCUAUUUAUUAUUUAUGUUUUCGUGUGAGCUUUGGCUUUAGUAUGCAAGUCAAAAUAGAAGGUUUUGUAUGCAAUGUAAGCAUGAAUGAGUUCAAUGUACAAACAUGGCACAGCAUAAUGGCAAACAGUAGGAGUUUGUGAAAGGGUAAUGGAAGAGAAGACCAGGCUGUAGACAUGAAUUCCUUUUAUUUUAGGAAAUCUAUUUGUAUUUGGUGAAUUUUUCUCAUUUUUUUUUCAAUGGCAAAAGUUGUAGCCAUUACUUUGGGCCAGUGUUUGCCCAGAGUUUAAUGACAAUCUUAAAGUAUUCUUGAAAUCUUUAAACACUAUUUAAAAUGUUUUGUGCUUGUUUACGAAGGUCUCUGAAGAGAAGGUCAUUUAAUGGCUUUGUCACGCUUACCGUAUUAAGAAGUGUGAUUUGAGGGUUUUGUGAUGGACACAAUCAGCCCUAUUUGGGCAUUCGAAACCAAUGACCAAAGGCUCUCAGCUCGAGCCUUAAAGGACGUAGCAGCUUUAGCUACAUUACUCAGUAAUUGAGAAUAAUAAAGGUAAAUAAUGCACUCCCAUAAUCUUCUACAUCAAUUGUUGGAUACUCAACAUUCUCCCUCUACCUCAACCAUUCAGAUUAUUUCAAGUGGUCAUUCGUGUCCAAAGCAUUUUUGAACCUGGGAGUUUGGAGUCAGGGGUGGACAAAUGAUAAAUCCAUUAGCUCAUCCAUUGCGUAAGCUUCGAUGUGCUGCCUAGAAUUGUGAAUUGGUCACCUGGAAACCUAAUUGACAUGGCUAACAUUGCGUAUUGUUAGGUCGGCGUGUUAUCAAACAAUCAAAGGAAACAAAUGAGUUUUUGAUGUAGCAUAAUUGGUUUGGCUGGACGACAAACAGGUUUGCAAAUGUUCAUUUUCUUACUCGAUAUCUUCAGCCACAAAGUGACUCUUCAUUGUGCAACAAAAGCAUUUCAUGACCACUUUGCACUAGACUUCUUUUCUUACUUGUGCAAAAUUCUGAUUUGUUCACCUCAGAAUUGACCCCUUAAUAAACUUCAUAUGGGUAAACGUAAUGCCUGCACAUCAUAUGUUGGUCAAAAGGCAUUAAACAGUGUAGCUUAACGAACACUAGCUAAUGCGAUGUUCGCAUUUGUACAAGUGUUUAUGCUUCAAAAAGCCUGAUCCUAAGCUAUUAACCCAUACUGUCAUCUUUUGGGAUUUGGGAAAAGAUAAAGCACAUAAUCGCAGACUCAUGGUCAGUUUAGUCACGCUAAAUAAUCGCAUUAAAUUCUUUAAUAUACUAAGUGAUAACGUUCUCCAUGUCAGAUUUUAUUUUAAAGAUCUCCUAUAUAUGAAAUAUAUGAUAAAGUUUGGAGUUGUUCUUGGCUCAGUAAAACUGGACACCAUGAAACUCAAAGUAAGCUUGAGGUAGUAAGGUUUGCUUCUUGCCCAGUAGCAUGUUUGGCCAGGAAAUUGUACAGCGCAAACCCAGUUAAAUGAAGCCAAAACACAUCAGAGUAGCCAUGACUGUAUGACUAUGCUAUGUUUUUUUCUUAUCCUGUUCGUCCAUGAUGUAUGCAAGUCAUUUAUUACAUGAUUAUUCACAUUCACUCUGGAGUUCCCCGACGGUGCUGUUUUAAGGAACGCUGUAACCAUGUACACACUUUCUGUAUGUAAAAUGUGCACUGUGACUGGUAGAACGACUACGUCCUUUGUCUUAUUGCACUGAGUGUUCUCUUAUUUGUAUAGUAAUGUUUGAGGAAACAACAAUAAAGGUUGUCAUGAGGGUCUUUCUGAGAGAAAUAAAUAUGAAUUUCAAAUCAAA